CUGAUCCACUCCUCCCCCCCCCCUCCAUCAUCUACCAUCUGCCAUAUGCCAUCUCUCUUCUUAUCCUUUUCCCCUCCACUCAUCUCCCCUACAUUCUUCUCUCAAGCGUCGCCAUUCCCGCUCACCCAUCCCCACGGUGGCUUGAGUGCCUCCCGGAGGCGAGAACCAUUCCAACUCCAUUCUAGCUCAGACUGCUUCCUCCCGCAGCAUCGCCUUCCCGCCAACCCUGUGCGACCGGAAUUCAAUUCCUUCGGGUAAGCCGUCCAAUACCCUGGUCCAUUAUAGCAUCAUCCUCUUACUAACUCAUUUGUUCGACAUGGUUCCCAGUAGACCGUCAGUCAGCCAGUCAGUCCAACUCCCAACUUCCAAUUGCCAGUUC